UGUGUGUGUGUGUGUGUGUGUUCUCGUUCAUCCCAGAAGCAGUCUCUCAGUAGCACACACAGUAUCUCCGCUCUGCAGCUCCAGACAUGAGGAAGAAGGAUUAUGGUAAAUCCGUUGAAGAGUGUUUUGAUUUACCGGGACGUGUGAAGGCGGAGCUUGCUUUGUUACGGAUUGAACCCCAUACCGACAGACAGAAUGCACCGGCAUCGCAACGGAACCGUCGCCCAGGCGCGGUGAGAGGUCGUAAUUAGGCUAUUUAUCUCUGUACUGAGCGACAGCUAGGCUGAUUACGGAGCUAAUACCACCGGUUAACGCGAUCCAUUCUGUGGAUUAAAUCAUUACUAUUGCCGGUGAGAAACACACGGAUGGAUAGAAUUAAAAAUGAGAGUAUAACAUCUACAAAUGAUUAUAUAAUAAUCGAUAUGAGAAGGCCUGGAUGCCAGAGAGAUUCUAGUUGAAAACAGACAGAGAGAAUUUUAGAAAAUACAUAAAAUAAACGUGUUUUAACUGAGAGACCAGCGACAGGUUACGAUUAUAAAUAUUAUUAAUAUGAUUCAUUAACUGGCUAAUGUAAUGUUAUUGGUAAACAGGCUAAAUUAAGGUUAGGCCUUUUUGAAUACAGGUUAAUUUACCCCACUAGGUCUGUAACAAGGAAGGACUUGAAAAAGGCCCGUUGUUACAUUAUUGUUACAUUAUAGCCUGCCUGUUACUAUAGUCAUAUAGGCCUACUGAAUUAUUAUAGCAUUACUGUAAUAGUGGAUCACUUUAUUUUACUGUUGGACUACAGAAAUAACCAGUCAGUUCAUUAGUAAUAAUAUGAUAAGUACAUAGUAACUGCUCGAGGCCUAUGAAUUUGUUUAAUUUGCACCAUUUGGCACCAUUCUAUUGAAGGCAGUACCAGAAGGCAUAGCUACCCACUGGUACAAUAACAGAUCAGAUAUCCCAUUCAGAUCAAUGCCUGAUCAAUUCACAGGAAACAGCAUCCAGUAAGGAGAAAGAUAUAUGAUAUAAUUGUAGAUAUUAAUCUAUAAUGUAUAGUGAUAGAGAAUAACUCAUCGUCCUGAUAGUAAUAUAAUAACUCAUCGUCCUGAUAGUAAUAGAUAAUAACUCAUCGUCCUGAUAGUAAUAUAAUAACUCAUCGUCCUGAUAGUAAUAUAAUAACUCUUCGUCCUGAUAGUAAUAUAAUAACUCUUCGUCCUGAUAGUAAUAUAAUAACUCAUCGUCCUGAUAGUAAUAUAAUAACUCAUCGUCCUGAUAGUAAUAUAAUAACUCAUCGUCCUGAUAGUAAUAUAAUAACUCAUCGUCCUGAUAGUAAUAUAAUAACUCAUCGUCCUGAUAGUAAUAUAAUAACUCAUCGUCCUGAUAGUAAUAUAAUAACUCUUCGUCCUGAUAGUAAUAUAAUAACUCAUCGUCCUGAUAGUAAUAUAAUAACUCAUCGUCCUGAUAGUAAUAUAAUAACUCUUCGUCCUGAUAGUAAUAUAAUAACUCUUCGUCCUGAUAGUAAUAUAAUAACUCUUCGUCCUGAUAGUAAUAUAAUAACUCAUCGUCCUGAUAGUAAUAGAUAAUAACUCAUCGUCCUGAUAGUAAUAGAUAAUAACUCAUCGUCCUGAUAGUAAUAUAAUAACUCUUCGUCCUGAUAGUAAUAUAAUAACUCUUCGUCCUGAUAGUAAUAUAAUAACUCAUCGUCCUGAUAGUAAUAUAAUAACUCAUCGUCCUGAUAGUAAUAUAAUAACUCAUCGUCCUGAUAGUAAUAUAAUAACUCUUCGUCCUGAUAGUAAUAUAAUAACUCUUCGUCCUGAUAGUAAUAUAAUAACUCAUCGUCCUGAUAGUAAUAUAAUAACUCAUCGUCCUGAUAGUAAUAGAUAAUAACUCAUCGUCCUGAUAGUAAUAUAAUAACUCAUCGUCCUGAUAGUAAUAUAAUAACUCUUCGUCCUGAUAGUAAUAGAUAAUAACUCAUCGUCCUGAUAGUAAUAUAAUAACUCAUCGUCCUGAUAGUAAUAGAAUAACUCAUCGUCCUGAUAGUAAUAUAAUAACUCAUCGUCCUGAUAGUAAUAUAAUAACUCUUCGUCCUGAUAGUAAUAGAUAAUAACUCAUCGUCCUGAUAGUAAUAUAAUAACUCAUCGUCCUGAUAGUAAUAUAAUAACUCAUCGUCCUGAUAGUAAUAUAAUAACUCAUCGUCCUGAUAGUAAUAUAAUAACUCAUCGUCCUGAUAGUAAUAUAAUAACUCAUCGUCCUGAUAGUAAUAUAAUAACUCAUCGUCCUGAUAGUAAUAUAAUAACUCAUCGUCCUGAUAGUAAUAUAAUAACUCAUCGUCCUGAUAGUAAUAUAAUAACUCAUCGUCCUGAUAGUAAUAUAAUAACUCAUCGUCCUGAUAGUAAUAUAAUAACUCAUCGUCCUGAUAGUAAUAGAUAAUAACUCAUCGUCCUGAUAGUAAUAUAAUAACUCAUCGUCCUGAUAGUAAUAUAAUAACUCAUCGUCCUGAUAGUAAUAUAAUAACUCAUCGUCCUGAUAGUAAUAGAUAAUAACUCAUCGUCCUGAUAGUAAUAUAAUAACUCAUCGUCCUGAUAGUAAUAUAAUAACUCAUCGUCCUGAUAGUAAUAUAAUAACUCAUCGUCCUGAUAGUAAUAUAAUAACUCUUCGUCCUGAUAGUAAUAUAAUAACUCUUCGUCCUGAUAGUAAUAGAUAAUAACUCUUCGUCCUGAUAGUAAUAUAAUAACUCUUCGUCCUGAUGUCGAAGGUGAAGAGUAGUGAGACGGUGAAGGUAGUAAUCCGCUGUCGCCCGUUAAACCGGAAAGAGGAGGCGGCAGCGGCUGGUGUUACCCGGACACCGGGAGGAGUGGGCGGGAUCGUAGAAAUGGACAUGCGUCUGGGUCAGGUGGUCUUACGGAACCCUCGUGGUCCGCCCGGCGAGCCUCGUAAGACGUUUACGUUCGACUCUGUGUACGACCCCUCGUCUAAACAGCGUGAUCUUUACGAUGAGACGGUGCGGCCGCUGAUCGAUUCCGUCCUAGACGGGUUUAACGGAACCAUCUUCGCCUACGGCCAGACGGGUACCGGGAAGACCUACACCAUGCAGGGGGUGUGGCUAGAGCCAGAGAGGCGGGGCGUCAUCCCCAACGCCUUCGAACACGUCUUCACCCAGAUCUCCCGCUCCGCCGCCGACCGCCAGUACCUGGUCAGAGCCUCUUACCUGGAGAUCUACAGAGAAGAGAUCAGGGAUCUUCUGGAUCCCAACGUGCACGCCCCUCAUGUCCCCAACGUGCACACUCACUCCCACCGCACCCUGGAGCUGAGAGAGAGCCCGGAGAGCGGGGUGUAUGUGCGUGACCUGACGUCGUGCGUGUGUAAGAGCGUGAAGGAGAUACAGGAGCUGAUGAACGUAGGGAACCAGGUGCGCUCGGUGGGAGCGACAGACAUGAACGAACACUCUUCCCGUUCCCACACCCUGUUCCUCAUCACGGUGGAGUGUUCCCUGCCUGGGCCGGACGGACGGCGGCACAUCAGGGUCGGCCGGCUCAACCUGGUUGACCUGGCGGGCAGCGAGCGGCAGGCCAAGACGGGCGUCCACGGAGAACGCCUGAAAGAAGCUGCCAAGAUCAACCUGUCUCUGUCGGCGCUAGGCAACGUGAUCUCAGCCCUGGCAGACGGGCGUAGCGCCCACAUUCCGUACCGGGACUCUAAACUGACCCGGUUAUUACAGGAUUCCCUGGGAGGGAACGCCAAGACGGUGAUGGUGGCUACGCUAGGCCCCGCCCCCCAACACUACGAGGAGACCCUCACCACGCUACGCUACGCUAACAGAGCUAAAAACAUCCAGAACAAGCCGAGAGUUAACGAAGACCCUAAAGACGCCCUGCUCAGAGAGUUCCAGAAGGAGAUCGCACGGCUCCGUGCGCAGCUCAGCCACAGGGAAGGGAGGGGCAAACACAGGAAGGAGGAUGGAGAGGAGGGCUGGGACGGAGAGGGGGAUGAGGAGGGAGAGGAGGAGGUGGAGAAGGAGAGGACGCUGCAGGAGGAGAGGCUGGAAGAGGAGAAGGAAGCCAUCAGAGAAGACGGAUCACUAUUGGCUGAGGAGAAGCAGAGGCUUCUGGGAGAGAAGGAGAGGAUGAUGGGAGAUCUGAGGAAGGAGCGGGACGCCACCGAGCAGCUGACUGCCAAGUACAAGGCGAUGGAGAGCAAGCUGCUGGUUGGAGGGAAGAACAUCAUGGAUCACACCAACGAACAGCAGAAAACCCUGGAGAUACGCAGACAGGAGAUCGCUGAGCAGAGUCGUAGAGAGCGGGAGAUUCAGCAGCAGGUGAUGGUUCAGGAUGAAGAGACUCUAGAACUCAGAGAAACAUUCUCCUCCCUGCAACAGGAAGUGGAGGCCAAGACCAAGAAACUUAAAAAGCUCUAUGCUAAGCUGCAGAGUGUGAAGGCUGAGAUCCAGGACGGUGAUGAUGAGCACGUCAGGAGUCGACAGGAGCUGGAGCAGACGCAGAACCAACUCACCAGAGAACUCAGGUUCAAGUGUCUGAUCAUUGCGAACUUCAUUCCUCCGGGGGAGAAGAAUAAGAUCAUGAACAGACUGACCUUUGACCCUGAGGAGGACCAGUGGAAGUUCACACCCCUCGUCCCUGCAGAGAGCCAGAUGAAGAAGAGGCCGGUUUCUGCAGUCGGAUACAAACGACCAAUCAGCCAGUACGCGCGGGUCUCCUUAGCGAUGGCAUCCCAUUCCAGAUAUCGGGCUGAGAACAUCAUGUUCCUGGACCUGGACAUGACUCAUCCCACCACUGUCUCAUUGGACCACCGGCCAUCGGAGGUGGGGCCUAUUUAUAGCCCGACAGACAGGGAGCGAGCUGCACCUUUCCACAUGUCACGAUCCUGGUGUCAGACCCCGCGAGCCAUCACUUCCUCCACCUCCACCGUUUCCCUGGCGACCCAUUCUACAGCCACGCCCACUGCCGCCCAGUGAAGAGCAGCCUACCUCACUACCUAUCAUCCCUCUUUCCCUCUCCCUUACAUAUCUCUCCCCCUCUCAUAUCUCCCUCCUUCUCCCUUCCAUAUCUCUCUCCCUUCCAUAUC